ACAAAAAUUAUUGCAAAUGAUCAAGGUGUUCCUUUGUGUGUCUGUGUAAUAGCCGAAGUGUUCACCUUCCAUUCUGAAUCCCUGUUUAUCUUGUGUUCCCGGCUUGAAGUCUUCUUGUCAGGCAGCAGCCUCUUGAGGUCACACACAGAGCGGAGAAGCACAGACUUUUCCCAGAUGGACACCUGCACGGCUGGCUUCUCUGUCAGUACUUUAGGCAAUUUGUGAUCUGUUCAGGGGGGGGGGAAAGCAUUGAAUUAGAUUGUUGAUAGCGUCCCUACAAGGACUGCUAUUAGGAGCACGCGUCUCUGUGCUUCACUACUGCAGAAGACAGUGAGAUAUCCCUGAAUCCACAGCAUGUUUACCGUGCGAGAUUUUCCUCUUCCGGCAUGGGAAAAUGAAUAGGGAAAUGGCAGCCAACACUAUCUCGUUUUAUUAAGGGGACAUGCAGAAAUGUGCAGCCAUUCAGCUUUGUAUUUUCCUAUUCCAGUGAAGGAUUAAAUGGGACUGAUUUUUUUUGGUAUGCUUUUCUCCCUUUCAUAAUGGCAGUCUUGCAUUGUUUGACCAGAGCUUGCUCCAGAGGAAGACAGGCUGCUGAAUUUAGCCACUGAUCACUAACUAGCCCUGGCCCAAGGCUAUGCUGAGAUUUAUAUCCCAUUUGUAUUGUUGCAGCUCAAAAGAAGACUGUUCAGAGGAUGACAAGUGUAUUCUGAGUAGAUCUUUGGUGGAAGAGGAGGACCCUCAUUUGAAAGUCUCUCUUGGUAACAACGAUAUGGGUGUGUCUGCUCAUCUCCAGUCCUCAAAAACAGGGGCCACUAGGUUUUUCACCAGCAAUACUCACAGUUCAGUGGUGUUACAGGGCUUUGACCAGCUACGAGUUGAAGGCUUGCUUUGUGACGUUACUUUAGUACCGGGUGAUGGGGAGGAAACUUUUCCAGUUCACCGAGCUAUGAUGGCCUCCUCAAGUGAUUACUUUAAAGCCAUGUUUACAGGUGGAAUGAAGGAACAAGACUUAAUGUGCAUUAAAUUGCAUGGCGUGAACAAAAUUGGAUUGAAGAAGAUUAUUGAUUUCAUUUAUACUGCAAAACUUUCCCUGAAUAUGGAUAACCUUCAGGAUACUCUAGAGGCAGCAAGUUUUCUACAGAUUCUUCCUGUGCUAGACUUCUGUAAAGUGUUUCUUAUAUCUGGGGUGACGUUGGAAAACUGCGUUGAGGUUGGUCGAAUAGCAAACACGUACAAUCUUACGGAGGUUGAUAAAUAUGUAAAUAACUUUAUCUUGAAGAAUUUUCCAUCAUUAUUAACAACGGGGGAAUUUGUGAAACUCCCAUUUGAUCGUUUUGCCUUUGUGCUUUCCAGUAAUAGCCUUAAGCACUGUACGGAACUGGAACUCUUCAAGGCUGCCUGUCGUUGGCUACGGUAUGAGGACACUCGAAUGGAACAUGCUGCAAAAGUAAUGAAGAACAUUCGGUUCCCACUAAUGACACCACAAGACCUUAUAAACCAUGUCCAGACUGUGGAUUUCAUGAGAACUGACAAUACUUGUGUAAAUCUACUUUUGGAAGCUAGCAAUUACCAAAUGAUGCCAUACAUGCAACCUGUUAUGCAGUCAGAAAGAACUGCCAUUCGCUCUGACAACACCCACUUGGUAACACUGGGGGGAGUUUUAAGACAGCAACUUGUUGUUAGCAAAGAGUUACGGAUAUAUGACGAGAAGGGACAUGAGUGGAAAUCCUUGGCACCCAUGGAUGCACCAAGAUACCAGCAUGGAAUAGCAGUAAUUGGAAAUUUCCUAUAUGUGGUUGGUGGUCAAAGCAAUUAUGACACAAAAGGAAAAACGGCUGUUGAUACGGUUUUCCGAUUUGACCCUCGUUAUAAUAAAUGGAUGCAAGUGGCAUCUUUGAAUGAAAAGCGUACCUUUUUCCACCUAAGUGCCCUAAUAGGUCAUCUUUAUGCAGUUGGUGGUCGGAAUGCAGCAGGUGAACUUGCUACUGUGGAAUGUUACAAUCCAAGGACAAAUGAAUGGAGUUAUGUUGCAAAAAUGAACGAGCCUCACUAUGGUCAUGCUGGCACUGUAUUUGGGGGAUUGAUGUAUAUUUCAGGAGGAAUUACUCAUGAUACCUUCCAGAAAGAAUUAAUGUGCUUUGAUCCAGACACUGAUAAAUGGACCCAGAAAGCACCAAUGACAACAGUUCGAGGGCUGCACUGCAUGUGUACAGUUGGAGAUAAACUUUAUGUCAUAGGUGGAAAUCACUUUAGAGGAACUAGUGAUUAUGAUGAUGUUCUCAGCUGCGAGUACUACUCUGCGUCAUUAGAUCAAUGGACUCCAAUAGCUGCCAUGUUACGAGGACAAAGUGACGUUGGGGUGGCUGUCUUUGAAAACAAAAUUUAUGUGGUUGGAGGCUACUCUUGGAACAACAGAUGUAUGGUUGAAAUAGUCCAGAAAUAUGACCCUGAGAAAGAUGAGUGGCAUAAAGUAUUUGAUCUGCCAGAAUCCCUUGGGGGUAUUCGAGCUUGUACUAUUACUGUUUUUCCACCAGAGGACAACAGUUGUUCACCUUCUCGAGAAUCUCCUCUUUCUGCUCCUUGAAGAUAAAAGACCAUCUUGGGUUUCUUCAUUUUUCUUCAAUAGCAUCAAACAAGCUUUGCCAGCCGGAAUUGGCAAGCCUGCUUCAACAACAAACGAAAAGACUCCUCUGUCCAGAUUAUUUGUGCUAUUCAUUUGGCUUAGGUUAUUUAUCAGAAGUAUUACCUUGUAAAAUCUAUUUAAAAUUGCCAAAUGUUUAGUGAGGAAACCACAAAAAGUGAUCAAAUAUUUCAAAUAGGUACUUAUUUAAUACUGUUCAAUGGGUUUAUAAAACCCACUUGUGAUUCAAAGGUUGCAGACUUAUCUUUCAAAAACUGCCAUAUGUUAGAAUUCUUUUUCUAAUGGCCCCACAUAAUUAAUUCCUUUGUAUCCUUGAGGAGGAUGGAAAAAAAAUACCACCAGGUAUUGGCUUAUCUUUCUCAUUAAGCACUUCUGAAGUGAAUCCUUUUUAAGUUAAUUAGAAAAAUAUUUACAUUUUUUUUUUUUUUUAUUAACAUUUGAUGGAAUUUAAAACAUGGCACUUUAUGACCCCACCCUCCUAAAUCAAUUGUGUGUAUUGAAUUUGGCCUUUAAGUUGUAAUGAUUAAUAUUUUUCACUCUUAAUUAGAAGCCAAACUAAUAUAUAUAUAUAUAUAUAUAUAUAUAUAUAUAUAUAUAUAUAUAUAUAUAUAUAUAUAUAUAUAUAUAUAUAUAUAUAUAUAUAUAUAUAAACUGAGCUUGCAGCUUCCUAUGGUCCCUUUUAAUUAUAUUAGAUAAGGGCUAGACAAAUGAACCAAAAAAAAAAAUUGAUUUGUCAUGAACAAUAACUUUCCUUUUCAUCCUGGAAUAACUUGCAUCUCAUUCGGUCAAUAUACAUUCUCCUUUAAGGUUAUUUAGCACAAACUGCGGCUACAGCGGGAGUAGCUACUUUUGCUCAGUGAACGGACUCCAAUGUUUUAUCUUCCGUUGUUCAAUAAAACACUUUUAACUGCAACUGUUUAACGUUAAAUGCCUUAUUAAAGUAUCUUUAUAUUAUGUA